AUGGCGGUGGCUGCGGCCACUAUGAUGACGACCAGGCUGGCGGCGGCGGCGACGACGACGGAGACAGUGACGGUGACGGUGGUGGUUGAAAGGCGGAGACGGCGGAGGGAGGAGGAGCAGCAGGAGGAGCAGCAGCAGGAGGAGCAGGAGGAGGAGGAGGGGGAGGAGCAACAGCAGCCCAAUGGGCUGGUUUUGAAGACUUUGGCGAUGGUAGCGGUGGCGGCGAGGUGUGUGGGUUGGGAUUGGUGA